CGGAGAUGGCCGAGUUGUUACGAUUGCCAGAAUGAGCAAGGAGGGCGCGUGACGUUGCGCUCCUACAAGCAAUAGCCGACAAGAAGUAAUAUUUAGUCAGCAAGCUUGUCAGCCUUUUGAUCGGAUCGGGUUAGCAGGUGCGCGUGACGUUUCGCUGUACUGGUUCUGCAAACAAUGGCCGUCAAGAAGUAAUCUUAAGGUGCCCUUGCCGACCGCCAUUCGUUUAGGAUGUGUCACCGGGCUCUGAAUUGACCUCUGUGAGUGCAAGAGGGACUGGAUCAUUCACCUCCACAUUCCUGAGACCAUCCCUGGCCAACCCAUCAACCACUUCAUUCCCUUGCUGGGACCCAUACCAUGGCAAUUCACACGAUGUCUGCAAAGCCAUACAGUGUAGACUGGGAUUAAAGUCACUAGCUCGUCGACGUGUAUCCCUGAACGGAAAUGGCUUCAUACAAAGAUAUCCUUAACGAACCUGAGAACCAGAACUGGCUCAAAGGUUCCCUCGCCCUCCGGAUCACCAAGGCCGGUCUGCGAGGCCUUGUUGAAGGGGACUCCUCUCGCGUCCAGCAAACUAUUUACACGAAGGUCAUCGGGGCCAAGAAACUCACUGCUGGAACAACAUGCAGUCUUUGUCAGACAGAGAAUCUCUUUACAUGUCCUACAAGAGGAUUGUGCUCUCAUCUUCCAAACUGCAAGUACCACAACUCUCCAUCGAAGAUGUACCGGCCUUGCCCCUCUAAUAUAUGCGAAGACUUUCGAAAUGAAAUUAUUGCUAUUCACAGACACGGUGGACCCUCUUGGAAGAAUUCCAAGCCUGACCAAUGGUGUACGAACCAUUGGCAAGUAGCAAAAUGCUUUAUGCCACCUGACGGCUAUCACGACGUGUCUUCGUACGAUGAUACAGACUUCAAUGGUAUCAUAAGCGUUAUGAUCAACUGUGAGGAGUUCCAACGGAGUAUGUCGUUCACCAUUGGAAAGAUACCCAGCGCUUUAACAAAGGCUCGUGAGUUAGGCCGCAAUAUUCGCCAUUCCCCGGAUCUCAAGGUGACAGACACAGACCUAGCUGACUACUUCGCCACUCUGAACACGCUUCUGACAGACUCUAAAGUUCUGGCCAGUGACAAAGAUGCCCAGGAAGCUGUCAAUAAACUGAAACAGCUCGAAAAAGACGCACUUCCAAUAUCGACCGAAGAUCUUCAGGAACUACGAGAAGAAGCUAGAGAAAUUCUAGAGGCUGGUAAGCGUAAGUUAAAGGAGAUUGCCAAAACAGGGAAGCAAGAGUUAAAAGACGUGGUGGCUGAGGGUAAAACUACCUUAGAAACUGGCAAACGUGAGGUAGCGGAGACUGCGGAAACAGGAAAACAAGAGUUAAAAGACGUGGUGGCUGACGGUAAAACUACCUUAGAAACUGGCAAACGUGAGGUAGCGGAGACUGCGGAAACAGGGAAGCAAGAGUUAAAAGACGUGGUGGCUGACGGUAAAACUACCUUAGAAUCUGGCAAACGUGAGGUAGCGGAGACUGCGGAAACAGGAAAACAAGAGUUAAAAGACGUGGUGGCUGACGGUAAAACUACCUUAGAAACUGGCACACGUGAGGUAGCGGAGACUGCGGAAACAGGGAAGCAAGAGUUAAAAGACGUGGUGGCUGAGGGUAAAACUACCUUAGAAACUGGCCAACGUGAGGUAGCGGAGACUGUGGAAACAGGGAAGCAAGAGUUAAAAGACGUGGUGGCUGACGGUAAAACUACCUUAGAAUCUGGCAAACGUGAGGUAGCGGAGACUGCGGAAACAGGAAAACAAGAGUUAAAAGACGUGGUGGCUGACGGUAAAACUACCUUAGAAACUGGCAAACGUGAGGUAGCGGAGACUGCGGAAACAGGGAAGCAAGAGUUAAAAGACGUGGUGGCUGACGGUAAAACUACCUUAGAAACUGGCAAACGUGAGGUAGCGGAGACUGCGGAAACAGGGAAGUGUCAAUUAGAAGAAGUUAUUCAAGUCGGUAAACGAGAGUUGGGAGAGGCCUUGCAGCAGACAAAAGAUGCAAAAGAAGUUGAGCAAGGAAAAGAUCUACGUCAUCGCCUGGUCAAAUAUUAUCAGAAGCAGCUCAGCAGCGCGCCCAUAUCGCCAUUGCUGUCGGACAAGGACGAGAAGCUAGAACGGUUUUACGUCCCUCCAAUGAUCUUGGAGAAACACCACAGAAGACUUCGUGACGAUCAACAACAAAAUGAUUCUCCUAUUUCCUCUUAUAGACAAAUUUUCUGUAAAGAUGAGGGGGUUACCAAUACUGUUAUACUUGACGGCGAGGCCGGAAGUGGAAAGUCAUCAUUUUCAGCUAUGUGUACCAUUAAGUGGGCUUCACUGUUUUCUGUAUCGAAUAAAGACAGUGGGGGAAAAGGUUUAGAUCAGGGUGUAGAAGAGGAUAAGAGUUUUGAACGGCUACUAACAAAUGCGAACAAUUUAAGGUACACAGGUGGUACACACGAAUAUCUAAGUGAAGUACUUUCAUUGUCUGUAUUUCAGAGGUUGAGCUUGCAGAAAUUAUUGAUACACACCAACUGUGAUCUUCAAGAUGAGGACUUUUUUAAAAACAUUGAGUUUAUGUUCCAUCUUAAACUGAGAAAUAGCUGUGAAUCUUGCGAACUGUCAGACAUGAUUCGUGAUCAGCUGAUCAACAUAAUUUACAAGCCAGACGAAAGGGCAGCUGGUUACUCUACUAUGCUUCGUGUUUUGUCAGAACGAAAGUGCGUGAUCAUAGCUGAUGGGCUGGACGAGUGGUCGCAUCCAAUUGAAACAAAGUGUUCAUGCUCAGAGGUAGAAGACAAAGCUAUCCCACAUUUAUCACCAACAUUAGAUGCAACUGUACUGAUUACAUCGAGACCCUGGCGAAUGUCCCAAAAUCGCAUUAAAGACACCAAAAUAGACAAAUACUUACAACUACAGGGAGUAGCUAAUGUAAAGCUAUUGGUUCAGAAAGCUCUGAUUUGCCUCAAUGAGAGAGUAACUGAAAAGAUGAAAUAUCCGGGUUUCUUUCUCUUUGUCUCCAGAAAGGAAUUAGAGCAUCUACUCUCUGUACCUAUCGUUAUAUUGUUGCUAGUUUGUCUGUGGUUUGAAGGAGAAAAUGAAUCAUUUUCUAUGUGUGACAUAUACGCAUACAUGAUUGACAUGAUGUUAAGGAGAAAAGCGCUUCCUAUGCUUCGUGUUUUGCUCGAAAGCACACCUUUGCUACGAUGCUUCCAGCAAACAAAACAUGUACAAAAGUACCACAGCAUCGUCUUAAAGCUUGCAGAACUUGCCUUUAAGAAAUUAUUUUCGAGUGACCGAAAAUCAUCCCUGGUGUUUCAAAAUGUUGAUUGUUUGACGCCAGAGGAGCUCCUGUUUGUUCUGAAAUCGGGUUUAAUUCGGGAAACAAAGUCUCAAUCUUUGAUUAGAAUAUCAUCAAGUUUCUCAUUCAUCCACAAAACUGUACAGGAAUUUCUUGCUGCAGUUCACAUUGCUAACCAUGCUGGAGAAAUUCAAAGAGUAAUUGGACCAUAUUGUGAGGAGUUCUUAUAUUCAAGUUACAAAUCUAGGACUGGGUCUGAUGUACCGCCAGUUUUUAUAUACGUGUGCGGUCUUAACCCUAAAGUUGCAAAAGAUAUGUCUACAGUGAUGUCACUUUCUAUGUUGGAUCACCCUGACUGGAAUGAUGAGCCGGAUGCGGACAAAGAUGCAAAUUUCUCAUUACAGCCAGUAAUUUAUUAUGGUUUUAGAGAGGCCAAAGCCAACAAUGUACAAAAUAUUCAACUGACUCUACUGGCCUUUGACUUCCGUAGAUCUGGACUAUCGGGUUUAAUAUUUAGUUCUUCAUUAAGUGAUGUUGCAGCCAUGAAGACCUUGCUAUUGAUGAACAAGUCUGAGGUACGAUGUAUAAGGAUCUGGGGACCAAAUAAUAUUAGCAAUGAGGAGCUCCAGGAGGUGUUCACCUGCUCAGCCGACACUCUUACCACCGUUCUAUUACUCUUCAUUGCUGGACAGUAUGACCUUUCUGCUUGUAGUCAUCUAAAACAUUUGACAAUCACGGGGCGUCAUACAUCGAAUAUCAUGAUAAAUACGAAUAGUUUAGUUUCAUUGAGAUUGUCAAUGGUUUCGAUAAAGGUUGAAAGUAGAAUUUUACAGUCAUUGGAACAAAGAUGUGAGACAUUGAUGAAGUUCGAGAUAGGCUUUUUUUCUAACAUUAAGCUAUUUUGUCGGACACUUCCCAAGCUGAAUCAUUUACAAGAUUUGACGAUCGAGUAUUCAACCCUCGGUGAUUACCUUCUACUCCUUCCGCCCUCUGUCACCAGUGUCAUCUUAUUCGAGGUGACAAUGUCCGCGUGGUCUAUGAGGGAGCUGGUGGAGAACUGUUCUCACACGGUGACUUGCAGAAUUGAUAAUUGCGAAAUGGAUCCGAUCGAAGAUUUCUUGGACAUUAAGCGGUAUGCUCAAACGAGAAAUAAUAUUUGUGUGAUUGAAAAAAAAUAAACAUAGGAUUUUCUAUUUCAGAAAGAGAAGACCGAAAGCAAUAUUUGUUGAGAAGCAAUUUGUAAUUCAUUUAGUUUCGAUGUCAAAGAGUUGAAAUAUACUGCAUUCCAACACUAAAACAGGCAUAAUCUUGUUAAAAUAUGCUUUAAAGUACAAAAAGACGUUUCUUGUAAUUUUUGGGAAAGUGUGCGAAUUGUAUGCGGAUGUUACGUCAUUUCGAAAUAGACGUUGUUGAAAUUGCAAACCUGUUCACUCUGACGUUCAAUUUGGAACUUGGAAGCGGGCUGAAAUUCCAAAAACGAUGCCUAAUAAAUCAAGCUCAUAUUUUCACUUUUUGAAAGUGGAAUAUCAUUUCUGUUCACUCAUAUAUAUAUAUAUAUAUAUACAAACCACCUUUACGGAUACAUGUUUGAUUCAGUCAGAUAACAAUUUAAUGUUAUCAAGUGCCACAGCCACUAUUAAAAAGUGAACUUUU